GUAUUUUUCUCCGGCCCCCCUAGACUUGCAAACUUGUUACGAGUAGUGAUUAAAUUUAAAAAAACGAGCAGUAACAAACAGGACUAUUAUUCAAAAUUCAAAUCAACAUCUUUCUCUUCUCUCUCACCAACACAAGCUCCACCAUGUCUGCAACCCUCAAACCCUAAGCUAAGCUCCUUCCAUUUUCUCUCUCCUCCCGCUUUCAUUCCCCAAUUCUCCACCCUUUUCUUCGCCGCCUCUUUCUCUCUCCUCCAUUGUUGACCUUCUUAUCCCUCUCAUUACUGCGAAUUCCUCGCUUCUUUCGCGACAUCAAAUUUUUAGGAAUUUUGACAAGUAGUUUUGCUAAUUUUUGCGUGCAGAGGAGCUAUGGAAGCUAUACUUGUUGAUUCUGUUCAGAAUAGUUUGCGGCAUUUUAUGUAUUCUAAUGCCAUUUUCAUCUGUGAACGUCUUUGUGCUGAGUUCCCUACUGAGGUGAACUGGCAAUUGUUGGCUAAUUGUUACUUGCGAAAUAAUCAAGCUUAUGCGGCAUAUAAUAUAUUGAAAGGAAAACGAAUGGCCCAAUCCCGCUACUUGUUUGCCUUCUCAUGCUUUCAUAUGGAUCUUUUAAAUGAAGCAGAAAAGGCAUUGUCCCCUGCUAAUGAUUCGGGUCUAGAGGUACCGAAUGAUGCAGCUGGCCAUUAUCUUCUCGGACUUAUCUACAGGUAUACUGACCGAAGAAAGAGUGCUGUUCAUCACUUUAAACAAGCGUUGUCCAUUGAUCCAUUGUUUUGGGCUGCUUAUGAGGAACUUUGUAUAUUGGGCUCUGCUGAAGAAGCAUCUGCUGUGUUCGGAGAUACAGCUGCUCAUACCAUACAGAAACAGCUGCAGCAUGCUUUCACUUCUCAGAGUUUUGUUAUUUCCACUGAGGACCAAAAUCAAGUUUCUGCUAAGAGCUGUGGAGAUGCUAGUCCUAGGCAGCUGAAAAGUAUCCAUGGUAACAGCGCAAAGGAUGCUUCUGGAAGUUAUCAAGGCGCAAAUGUAUCUUCAGUUGCUGUCAGUCAAUCCCUGAAUUAUGUAUCUUCAAGCUUGUCAUUUUACAAUACUCCUUCUCCAAUGGCCUCUCAGAUGUCUGGUGUUGCUCCUCCACCUGUUUGUCGGCAUGUACAGCAAACUACUGCCCCAGCUAGCAGUGAAAGCUCACCAAGGUCAACUGUAGGCACGACUCUUCUAGCCCCUCGAAGGAAGGUUUUGGAUGAAGGGAAAUUGAGAAAGAUAUCCGGCAGAUUAUUCUCUGAUUCUAUUCCCAGAAGAAAUACACGACUUUCAGGGGAUGCAGGAGGAAGCACCAAUACAACGACAACUUCAUCAACUGGGAAUGGAACCACUCAUUCCUUAAAAAAUGCUGGUAGUUCUAGGUUGGGCAAUGUAGGAUUACGCUCAGUGACACUUCGGAAAGGGCAGGCAGGGCCAAAUGAAAGUUUUGAAGAAGGAAAUCGCCAUGAAGCCUUUAGUGAUUCGCGAUUUAAUACACAAGCAAGUAUUAGUACAUCUUCCUUUUCUGAUGCUGGGUUUACGGAGCAGGAUGGUGGUUCAAUGAAUAUAUGUAGGAAUAUCCCUGAUGAUUCUGAAGUCCAUAACGGGGCUCUUGAAAUCUUAGGCUUAUGGAGACUCUUGGGGGAUGGCUUUAGACUAUCUUGCAUGUACAAGUGCCAGGAUGCAUUGGAGAUCUAUAAGAAACUCCCGUAUAAACAUUACAGUACUGGUUGGGUGCUUUCCCAGGUCGGGAGAGCAUAUUUUGAAUUAGUGGAUUAUUUGGAAGCUGAUCGCGCCUUCAGUCUCGCUCGACGCCAAUGUCCUUGCAGCUUAGAUGGGAUGGAUGUCUACUCAACUGUUCUCUAUCAUUUAAAGGAAGAUAUGAAACUAAGUUACCUGGCUCAGGAGCUGCUGUCAAUUGACCGUUUGGCUCCUCAAACAUGGUGUGCCAUGGGAAAUUGUUACAGCUUGCAAAAAGAUCAUGAUACAGCUUUGAAAAAUUUUCAGCGAGCUGUGCAACUUAAUUCAAGAUUCGCUUAUGCUCAUACUCUCUGUGGUCACGAGCUUGUUGCUUUGGAGGACUUUGAGAGUGGAAUUAAAAGCUUUCAGAAUGCUCUCCGUGUUGAUUCACGACAUUACAAUGCAUGGUACGGUCUUGGAAUGGUCUACCUUCGCCAAGAGAAGUUUGAGUUUGCUGAACAUCAUUUUCAAGUUGCGUUCAAGAUUAAUCCGCACUCUUCUGUAAUCAUGUCAUAUCUUGGAACAGCCCUGCAUGCUCUAAGGAGAAAUGAGGAAGCGUUGGCAAUGAUGGAAAAAGCUAUUUUAGCUGAUAAAAAGAAUCCUCUUCCCAUGUAUCAAAAGGCUAUUGUACUGUCUGGUAUGGAUAACUAUGAUGAAGCUCUAAGGGUCUUGGAAGAGCUCAAGGAAUAUGCACCCCGUGAAUGCAGUAUCUAUGCUUUGAUUGGUAAGAUCUAUAAGCGGAAGAACAUGUAUGAUAAGGCCAUGUUGCAUUUUGGAUUGGCCCUAGACUUGAAACCAUCAGCAACAGAUGUUGCCACCAUAAAGGCUGCCAUUGAAAAGUUGCAUGUACCAGACGAUUUGGAUGAUAUCUUAUAGACAAACUUUCUGAAAUUAUAUUGGAAACAUUACUAAACACUCGGAGCCCUCUGGCCCCUGGAGUGUACCUGGUUAAUCCUCCCUCAGAUGUACAAGUUCUUGAGGGUUGGCCAGGUUGCUCCCCUUCCGGCCAGGAGAUCCUGUAAUAUACCACAGUUUUGCCGGUGUUCACAAAAGUGUUGUAAAUCGGGCGAUGGGAACCAGCCAUGACUUGCACGUCAUGCUGGGUAAAGGUGUAUAUCAGCUGUAGCUCAGUAGUUUGUAUAACCUUGAAAAUUGUUAUUUAUUUGUUCACUAGUUGCACUUUUAGUUUUUAGACUUUUGGUGAAGAAAUCCACUUAUGUACUAUUAUAUCCGUUUCAAAAUAAUAGAAACACCCUUUUAUUGUUUCAGAUGUCCUUAAAUCCUCUUAAACUAGUGAAAAUGGACAUUGAUCCGUUCUUGGUU